UUCAGAUACCACUUUCAAACGCUUCAAAGCUCAGGAGCGUCAAAGUUUCGGGUCAUGGCUCUUGACUGGAUCGGCUUUAGUUACGCCGCUCUGGUGGUGAUUGGAGGAUUCAUUGGUUAUGUGAAAGCAGGCAGCGUCACCUCUCUGGUCGCAGGGCUGCUAUUUGGGCUGCUGGCUGCGGGCGGUGCUUAUCUGGGCUCCCAAAACCCCAAGAAUGUCUGGCUGUCACUAGGCACCACAGGAGUGCUGACUGGCGUGAUGGGAAUGAGAUUUCUCAGCUCCUGGAAGUUCAUGCCUGCUGGUUUAAUGACUCUGGCGAGUGGACUGAUGCUGGCAAGGAUCAUAAGAGGGAUGCUGAAGAGGCCACACAGCUCCUGAAAAUAUUAAAUAAAAUGCAUUUUCUGUGUCUGUACAUAGUUUGAACGUGUUUUUUCCACUCACUUUUCUUGGUUGUCUUUUUUAUGACACUGCUUCUGUGUAAAAAUGUAGUUUAUUGUUAAAGGAAACGUUCUCUGGCCAACAAAACUCAUUAAAAAAUGUUAUUCUGAUGUUUACAAAA